CACCAUAAAAGUCGCACUUGUUUCCUCUUCUUCAUCUCGCAGACUCGUUCUUCCCUCAAGUCUUUCCCUUAGAGCGUUUUCACCUAGUUACCCGGAAACACCAGAUUUUAGUCAAUACACAAAGCGUGCCUGUCCAGAGCCAACAACAACAACAACAACAACAACACGCCGCCAAGAUGGCCAUUGUCAUUCCCAGCGAUUACGGCUACGUCCUUCUGGCCGCCACCUCGACCUUCGUCGUCAAUGUCGUGCAUGGGGUGUUGACCGCCAAGAGCCGCAAGGCGGCCGCCAUCAAGUACCCCAACGCCUAUGCCUCGGCCGAGCAGGCCGAGAAGGACCCGAGGGCCUUCACCUUCAACUGCGCCCAACGCGCCCACAACAACUACACCGAGAACCUGACCCCGUUCCUCGGCGCCUUGCUCAUCUCGGGGCUCAAGUACCCCACCUUCGCCGCGACCCUGGGCGGCGCCUGGUCCGCCUCUCGCCUCCUGUACGCCAUUGGCUACACGUCCAAGGGGCCGGAUGGUCGGCAUUUGGGCGGGGCAGUCGGUUCUCUGAUUAACUUACUGCUGAUCGGCACCUCUGCGUAUUCCGCUCUGAGCCUUGCGCGCGGCUGGUAAGCAGCGAGUGAUGUAAGGAGCGCGGAGCGUGGAUGUUGAUCGAGAGUGGACUGUACAUUGUGGGUCUGUGUAUGAAUAUGGGAGACAAGAAGUCUUGUCGUUCAUAGGUAAUGAAAGUUGCCAAUACUUCUAAUACGGACGGACAUGGCCACGGCGCCGCGUAGCUUCUGAGUGAGACGGCUUGUAGUUUUCUUUCCCGUUUCUCGUGCCAUUUUUGCCUUUCAUUUGUCCCUUUCUCGUAUAAAUUAAGAGGGGAA